AAGCGGAAGAGUGCGGCUUUGUGCGCGUUUUCUUUUUUUUUCCCUCCACGUUAAAGGAUGGAGAGACAGCGGAGAACGCGGCUGACCAUGACUGUGGAUUUGCUCACGUUUUUGUGCGCCGUGGCGGCUGUUUCAGGGAUGGAAGAGACGAUUUUGGACACACGGACUGCCACAGCUGAACUCGGCUGGACAGCGUACCCUGCAUCAGGGUGGGAGGAGGUUAGCGGCUACGAUGAGAACCUAAACACCAUCCGCACGUACCAAGUGUGCAACGUGUUCGAGUCAAGCCAAAACAACUGGUUAGUGACCACGUUUGUGCGCCGCCGCGCUGCCCAGCGCGUGUACGUGGAGAUGCGCUUUACAGUACGCGAUUGCAGCAGCAUCCCACGUGUCCCCGGCUCCUGCAAAGAGACAUUCAACCUGUACUACUACGAGAGCGACCAGGUGAUCGCCACCAAGGGGGCCACGUUCUGGACAGAGGCGCCCUACCUCAAAGUGGACACCAUUGCUGCCGACGAGAGCUUCUCUCAGGUGGACUUCGGUGGACGCCUCAUGAAAGUCAAUACAGAGGUGCGCAGCUUUGGUCCGCUUUCCAAAAAUGGCUUCUACCUGGCCUUCCAGGACUACGGAGCAUGCAUGUCACUGCUGUCCGUGCGUGUCUUCUACAAGAAGUGCCCGAGCGUUGUGCAAAACUUUGCAGUUUUCCCAGAGACUACAACUGGUGCUGAGAGCACAUCGCUGGUGAUCGCUCGGGGUUCCUGCAUCCCAAACUCAGAAGAGGCUGACGUGCCCAUCAAACUGUACUGCAACGGCGAUGGCGAGUGGAUGGUGCCCAUCGGUGGCUGCACCUGUAAGGCUGGCUUUGAGCCCGACAACGGCAAUAUCUGCAGAGCAUGUCCUCCUGGUACCUUCAAGGCCAUGCAAGGCACUGGGCUGUGUCUGCAGUGUCCUCCCAACAGCAGAUCCACAUCUGAGGCCUCCACCAUUUGCGUGUGCAGGAACGGCUACUACAGAGCAGAUGGAGACCUGCCAGACAUGCCUUGCACUAGUGUUCCGUCUGGUCCGCGGAACGUCAUGUCCGUUGUGAACGAGACCUCGGUGACUCUGGAGUGGCACGCGCCUCGCGAGACCGGAGGUCGCCGAGACGUCGUCUACAACAUCGUGUGUAAGAAGUGCAGCGCGGAGAGGCGCUCGUGCUCGCACUGCGACGACAGCGUGGAGUUCGCACCACGCCAGCUGGGCCUCACCGAUACCCGCGUGUUCAUCAGCAGCCUGUGGGCACACACACUAUACACAUUUGAGAUCCAGGCAGUUAACGGCGUGACCAACAAAAGCCCGUACCCGGCGCAGCAUGUCUCGGUCGACAUCACCACUAAUCAGGCUGCUCCCUCCACAGUUCCCAUCAUGCACCAGGUCAGCUCUACCAUGAGAAGCAUCACGCUGUCAUGGCCCCAGCCAGAGCAACCCAAUGGCAUCAUCUUGGACUAUGAACUGCGAUACUAUGAGAAGGAUCUAACGGAGGUCAAUUCGACAGUACUGAGGACUCAGACCAACACGGUGCGAGUGGACGGUCUCAGGCCCGGCACAGUCUACGUCGUGCAGGUUCGAGCCAGAACAGUGGCUGGAUUCGGCAAAUACAGCAACAAGAUGUGCUUCCAAACUCUCACAGACGAAGACUAUAAGUCAGAGUUGAGGGAGCAGUUGCCACUCAUUGCUGGCUCAGCGGCGGCUGGUGUGGUUUUCCUCGUGUCUCUGGUGGCCAUUUCUAUAGUCUGCAGCAGGAAACGAGCCUACAGUAAGGAGGCAGUAUACAGUGACAAGCUUCAGCACUACAGUACAGGCAGGGAACUGUCUUUGAGACCAGAUCUGUCUAACUGCCACUCCCCCAUGGGCUGCCCAACUCUGCCAGGCUCACCAGGGAUGAAGAUCUACAUCGAUCCUUUCACCUAUGAGGAUCCCAAUGAAGCUGUGCGUGAAUUCGCCAAGGAGAUCGAUGUCUCCACUGUCAAAAUCGAGGAAGUCAUUGGAGCAGGUGAGUUUGGAGAGGUGUAUAAGGGACGCCUAAAGUUGCCGGGUAAGCGAGAGAUCUACGUGGCUAUCAAGACCCUCAAGGCAGGAUAUUCUGAGAAGCAGAGACGUGACUUCCUGUCUGAAGCAUCAAUUAUGGGCCAGUUUGAUCACCCAAACAUCAUCCGCUUAGAGGGCGUUGUCACCAAAAGUCGGCCAGUCAUGAUUGUCACAGAGUUUAUGGAGAAUGGAGCUUUGGACUCUUUUCUCAGGCAAAAUGAUGGACAGUUCACGGUGAUCCAACUGGUGGGAAUGAUGCGUGGCAUCGCAGCAGGCAUGAAGUACCUGUCUGAGAUGAACUACGUUCAUCGGGACUUGGCUGCUCGCAACAUUCUGGUCAACAGCAACCUGGUGUGUAAAGUGUCUGACUUUGGCUUGUCACGCUACCUGCAAGAGGACACAUCUGACCCCACUUACACCAGCUCACUGGGAGGGAAAAUCCCGGUGCGGUGGACGUCCCCGGAAGCUAUCGCCUAUAGGAAGUUCACAUCAGCAAGUGACGUGUGGAGCUAUGGCAUCGUCAUGUGGGAAGUCAUGUCAUUUGGGGAGCGCCCAUACUGGGACAUGUCCAAUCAAGAUGUGAUUAAUGCUAUAGAACAAGACUACAGGCUUCCUGCACCAAUGGAUUGUCCCACUGCUCUGCACCAGCUCAUGUUGGACUGCUGGCAGAAAGAUCGCAACGCCCGGCCACGGUUUACCGACAUUGUUAACACGCUCGACAAACUUAUCCGCAACCCAACGAGUCUAAAGGCUGUUGCUAGCAUGCCGUCCAUUCCAUCUCAACCGCUGUUGGACAGGUCUCUCCCUGACUUCAACACCUUCAGCUCAGUGGAGGACUGGCUGUCUGCUAUUAAGAUGUCUCAGUAUAGAGACAAUUUUCUCAACUCCGGCUUCACUUCCCUGCAACUCGUCGCCCAGAUUACAGCAGAAGACUUGUUGAGGAUAGGUGUGACCCUAGCCGGUCACCAGAAGAAGAUCCUGAGCAAUGUCCAGAACAUGCAGAUGAGCCAGUGCCAGUCCCCCACAGCGCUGGCAUGACUACAGCAGGCGCCGGCCGAUGGGCCAGGCAUCCUGCUCAGUGUGCAGGAGCGGGUGAGCACUGGCACAUCGGAGCGCGCCAGGGUUGAGACGAUCAUCCUGAUCUGAUAAAGACAAACAAAUAUACUGAUACACAUUACAAAUCAGUAUGUCUGUAAAGAGAGAACAAAACAGGGAUACCUGUCUGUCCAUCUAUCUGUUUCUGGCUGUACAUACAGGAUAUCCAUUCAUCCAUCCAUCCAUCCAUCCAUCCAGUCAUUAUUAUUAUUAAAGCAAAAACAGACAAUUCAUUUCUAAUAUCAAGGACGUGUAAAACAGUUUGUUCAUCCCCUUCAGUUUGCUUAUGAUUCAUCAUGCUGAUUCUUUUCUUUUCUCAAUGAAUUUUAAACUGUGAGCGCUUUUGAGGAUCUACUACAAAGGAAAAAAAAAACCCCACCUUUUUAAUGCACUUUUUUUUUUCUUUUGGUUGCUGGUAUAUAUGUUUUUUUCUUUCCUAUUGAAACAAAUACAGCUAUACCUCGUAGUCCUCUGCUUCCCAGCAUCACUACCUGACAGCCGGCUUUGCCAAAGGACAUCUGGAACGGCCUGUGUGUAUAUCUUUAAAUAUGAAUAUAUCUCUGGAGUAAACCUUCAUAUUGAAGGUGCUUUGUAACAGAUACUAUAUGUGCAUACUUUUCUCCUGCUUGUGUUCUUGGGCACACUGGACUCCCAAGAAAAGGAAUUUAAUGUAGUCAAGCUGGGGAAGCCCGAAAAGACAGUCUUCAAGGAUUUGUGGCUGCCCUGGAGCCAAACACUGUAGAAAUGUGAUUUAAUUGUGUAUAAACCACAUGUAGGUUAAAGCAAAUGAAAUCUUCAGGCUACCAAACUGGAUGAUGUAUAUUGUAGAAUUUUCCAUGCUGAUGAACACUUAACUGUACAGGUUUUCUCUUCUUCUUCUUCUUCUUCCUCCUCUUCAGUUCAUGUUGUUUUCCUUCCUUGCUUUCUUUAUGAUCCUCUUGGGUUUCAAUCGUUUGUGUGUGUUUACAUGUUUGGUGGCGUUGUCCAAGGACAGCUGUG